GCCGUGUGUGAGAGAGUUGAGAUACAUCAACAAGACAUACGCACACAUUGCUGUUCUCUAAUAGGGAGAUUGACAUUAACUCGCGCGGAAUCAAGACUCCAGGGACAUCACACAGCUAUUUUAUACAGUGUUGUCCAUCGGGAAUCUGGUGUAUUUUCCCAGCAAUUUUCCAUCAGGUGUCUGAAGGAUUAUUCACACACUAUCAGCUGGGUUCAUGAAACUUUGCUACGAUUUACGAGCGAGGGCUGCCAUACACAAUGUUAAGGUAAAGCCUAAAGCAGCUGUGUUGAACAUGCUAAAGCGGCUGGACAAAAUAAGAUUCCGCGGUCCAAAGCGUGAUGACUUCCUGGAUCUACCCGAGUCCCCCACAGGGUCAGACACUGAGUGUUGUGAUGACAUACUGCUGAGACCUCGACUUUCAAUACGAGACAGUGAUGAGCAAAGAGACUCUGCUGGUUCAGGGACUCUGGCUGUCAUGCAAGACCUGAGGAGCGAAUCAGAACGUCUUAAUGAGGUCAAGGGUCAUUUGGAAAUUGCCUUACUGGAGAAGCACUUCCUCCAGGAGGAAUUGCGGAAGCUACGGGAAGAAACAAAUGUGGAGACCAUUAGGCAGGAACUGGAAAGAGAACGCAGCAGAAGACUUGACCUAGAACAGAAGAUAAACGAAGUUCUGAAGUCCAGGUGUGAAGAUUCUCCACCUCAACCUGCACGCAAACAGCAGCCACCCGCAGCCAAUGGCACAGACAAACAACAGAAAGAGACGAUGUGCUUCCGGGUGCAGAACUGGCUUUAUGAUCGGUUUGGGGUUUAUAUUGAGGACUUCCGCUUUCAGCCUGAGGAGAAUACGGUUGAGGCUGAGGAGCCUCUAAGUGCUAAAAGAUUAACAGAAAAUAUGCGACGACUGAAACGUGGUGCCAGACCUGUGACAAAUUUCUUAAGGAAUCUUUCCGCCUUAUCUAACUGGCACUCGGUGUAUACGUCAGCAAUUGCCUUCAUUAUCUAUAUGAAUGCAGCGUGGCAUGGCUGGGCCAUUCCUUUGUUUUUAUUUUUAGCCAUUCUGAGGUUGUCAUUGAAUUUUCUCAUCGCCAGAGGGUGGAGAAUUCAGUGGAGUAUUGUGCCUGAAGUUUCAGAACCUGUGGAACCUCCUAAAGAAGACUUGACUGUGUCUGAAAAGUUUCAGUUAGUUCUUGAUGUUGCACAAAAAGCGCAGAAUCUCUUUGGAAAGAUGUCCGAUGUUUUAGAGAAAAUCAAAAAUUUGUUCAUGUGGGUUCAGCCUGAGAUUACUCAGAAGUUGUACAUCGCGCUCUGGGUGGCCUUCAUCUCCUCCUGCGUCCUGCCCUACAAGCUAAUGGGCUUUAUGAUUGGGCUUUACGCAGGCAUCAAAUUCUUUAUCAUAGACUUUCUGUUUAAGAGCUGUCCGAAACUAAGAGAUAAAUAUGACACGCCGUACAUCAUGUGGAACAGCCUGCCCACCGACCCACAGCUAAAAGAACGGAACAAUGCUACUGUGUCACGACGGCUGUCUGGGUGUGAGAAGAUACAGCCAGUUGUAUCACGGAGCAGUUUAGCCACCGUCCCAGCUGGAGUGACCAGAGAAGAGGAAAGCAGCCGUUCACACAACACAAAAAAAGGAGCAUUUCACGAGAUCUUUAACCUGCCAGAGAGCGAGAGACCUCUACCUGUAUGUGAGAAUGGAUGGAGAUGCUGUCUGAUAAACAGAGACAGGAAGAUGCCAACUGACUACAUUCGCAACGGGAUGCUCUACGUCACUGAGAACUAUCUGUGUUUUGAGAGCUCCAGCUCGAGAUCAGGUUCUUCAAAGAAAAACAAAGUCAUCAAACUGGUGGACAUCACAGAUAUUCAAAAGUACAAGGUAUUAUCAGUUUUGCCUGGAUCUGGAAUGGGCAUCUCUAUCGCCACGCCAUCAACACAAAAGCCACUAGUCUUCGGUGCCAUGAUUCACAGAGACGAGGCCUUUGAAACGAUUUUUACCCAGUACAUGAAGAUCAUGACCACAGCCAAUCCUGAGACGUAAAUCACGUGCGGAGGACGUUUCAUUUGGACGGGACCAAUAUCUGACAAGCAGGAGCUCGAGUAAGAGCAUACAGUACAUUCCUGUGACAUGGACACUUCCUCCUGAAGGGAUGUGGCCAGCUUCGCAUCAUGUGACUGUCACAGUUUUUGGCUUGAGCGCACUGAAUAGUUUACAGACUUUGCGUUAUGUACUUUCUCCCUGUGAUUCCUGUUUUCACACCAUCGUUUUAUCCUGGUAGAUGUUACAGGAGUGUUUUGUUAAGGAAAUUUAAGAUGCUUGUACUGUACAGGACAGUCCGUGACAUUUCAAAAACACUUUUUAAAGCAGUAUUUCCGUCUAGUUUUUUAGAUAAAUAUCUAAACAUCUUUAAAGUAUGAUUAUUUUACUUGAGAAGCAAACUUGUAUCUUGAAUGACAUUUAUUAUUCUUACCUUAUACAUUUUCAAGUUAUUGAGUUAUUGCUUAAAACAAGUAAAAAAAACAGAUUUUCAAGAUAUAUUGAUUAUAAAAUGUAAUGUUUUACCCAUUUUUGCUUAUCAAGUAAAUAUCUUAUUUUAACAAUCAAAAUAUUUAGAGAUAUUUAGAUAUUUUUUCAGGAAUUUUUUUUUUUUUUGCAGUAAAUGCAUCAAAGUGUUCAAUUACAGUGGUUUGCAGUAACAAAGUCUUUAUGACCUGAGAUUUAUGUAUUAAGGAAAGAAGAAGGCAGCCUGUGUGUAAAGAAAACACAACUGUCAACAUACAUAAAUGUAUAACUUAAGAUCAAAGCAUCUGGUAAAUGUGAUUUUCAUCAUUGAUUUGUUCUUUUGUGACCAAAUUUUGUAUGUUUGACUAUGUGACUAUAAAUUACAUUUGAGAGCUUCGACAGAGAAACAUCUGGGAAAGAUGUUUUGUGAUAAAAAUUGUCAUUUGUGAUGUACUGUAAGCGACAGUUGGCAGUGCAAUGUGAGCCCAGUUACUGUAAGUCAGUAACUAAAGUAAUUUUAGCAUAUUAACAGGGAUUUGCAGAAGCUACCUGAAGAGAAGGUAAUGUUUCAGCAAUCAUUUUUACUAUUUUAUGUUGGUAAAACUUCUAAAAAGGUAUACAUUUGUUAAAAUUAGUUAAUGUAUUAGCUAACAUAAACUGACAAUCAGGCCAAGCAAUAUAACUUCCCAGUAUCAGGAGAGAGAUCACAUGACCUUCACUGUUUGCACUCUCAUUGGUCACCAUAAUGUUUUGUACUCAUUUGUGCAAGUUCAACUUAAGUUGAGUUUAUAUAUGGUCGCUUUUUUGCUGCAAAUCACUGUAAAUCUCUUAUAAGACUGACAAAGAAAAGCCUUUUUACAUGUGUUUACGUUGUUGCUGUAUGUCCACAAAACACACAAACUUAGAUAAUCUCAUCUUUCCAAGUGUGCUUCAUGUGGUUUUGAACAGAAUAUUUUUUUCCCAAGUUUUGUUCUAUGGGAAAGUGAAGUUUCAAACAGUGGUGACUUCUCUUCCGAGGGGAAAAGAAUUUAAAAUAUGUGUUCUUUGCGUUAUGUGAACCAUGUGCAUCAUGCGUCUUGUCAAAAUACAUGCCUGCUGCACACGCGUCGAAACGAAAAGUUUAUGUUGGCAAAAUGCUCACAAGACACCAAUUUAGUAAACUCUGACUAGACUUGAGAUUCACUCUUUCACCGCCAUUGACGAGAUAUCUCGUCAAUUAAGAGAAAAUGCUUCCCCGCCAAUGACGAGAUUUUCCGUCUUUCCGCAAUACCGUUUAUACCAUAGACUGUAAAAAAAGAUGGACGACGCCUGUUCACUCUCUUCCAUUGGUGAAAAGUGAAGCCGCAAGUGUCCCGAUAUGGCGCUGACAUCUUGGGUCUUGAGUCUGCGCAGUAGCGAUUUCGGGACCAGUCAUGCGCAGUAGUGAGCAGGAAGGGAAGCCGCGAAGUCAAAACCCCGCCCUCGCUCUCGUAGAAUGCGCAUAUCACACGAUAUCACAGCUGUCAAUCAUGACGUGACACCACCGUUUUUAUAUCAUUAAAUAACUAACUAAACACAAACCUAUUUUAAAAACAAACAUUUGAAUUUAUAUCAGCGUGAUAAAAACUACAGUAAAUGACAGAAACCAGCUUCGGAAAAAAGAUAAUUAAAGUGUAAUUAAUUUUUUUAGUUGGUCCCAAGUCCCAUUGAAUAACAUGGGGAGGCGGGGUUUAUGACCUAUACUGGGACCAGUCACUGGGGGGCGAUCGAGACGUUUUGGCUUCACUUUUCAGGGCUUGUGCGGCACGCUUGGUUUAUACUAUUAUCCACCAGGUGGCGCACUUCCGCAACUUAUACAACCCGGAAGUAGCGCCUCACGUGAAAGAGAAAGAACUCCGUGUAUGUUUUAAUCUGAUAUCUAUCAAAAGUCCUUCGCAAAAAUUGAAUUAUCUCAGCUUUUUGCUCAAAAUUGGGUGUUUUUGAAGAAACCUUCCCAUGUUUGAGAGGUGAUUACAAGAGAACUAAUGAAGGUAGGAUGAAACGGUUUUUUGUUUGAAAGCAGAGGGUCUGUUCUUUCCUCUGAUAUAUUGUUUGUUUAUAUAUUUAAAGAAGAACAUUUUCUGGAAGGCAUUAAACUUUUGUAAAAAAUCAUGAAAAAUGCUGGCGCUGGCUGGCAACUUUUUUUAAAAAUGCUGGCGGGAAAAGAGUUAAGCGAGUGUCUGGAAAUGCAAGCGUCACUUUUAUCAUAAACCCUCCAGAUGCGUGUGCGGCAGGCACUUUUUUUGACAAGAAGCAUGAUGCAAUUGAUUCACAUGACGUGGCAAACAAAUAUUUUGAAUUGACGAACCACACACAAGAAGGGCUACAUACAUGUCGUGACGAGCUUCGCAAGUCACCGACCACCACUGGUUUCAAAUGGUUUAAAAUACCUUUCCUAACUGAGUCGUGGCAGCCAACUGAGUUGUGUAAUUCAAAUAAUCUGAUUUAAAAACACUGCUUAGAUAUAAAGGUGUAAACCACAGAGCAUUUUUACCAGGUAUUUUAUCAAUAAAUAAUCAGAUACAUUUACAUGCAGGCAGUAUAUCAGACAAUUGAGUCAUAUGGUAAACUUAAACCGUAUGUGGCAAUGCUUAUGCCACUUUAAACUACAAUAAGCUACAGUCAGUUAACAAGUUAACAGUAUAAAAUACGGCAGUAUAAACUUUUUUUUGGAAACCAUCUUUGGGUGAAUCUUACAAAGAAAUCUUUACAAUAAGGUUGAAUUGGUUAACAUUAGUUAAUGCAUUAGCUAACAAGACAUACUAGCAUGUUCAUUUACUAAUACAUUUUUCAAAUCAAAAGUUGUAGUUUUUAGUAAUGCACCAUGAACUAACAUGAACAUUAACAAAGGUUAUUAAAUGAGCUUACUAAUUUUUUAGUUGAUGUUAGCUUAUGCAUUUACUGUGUUAACAAAUACAAACUUAUUGUUAAGUGUGACUGAAAUGUCUUUAUACAAAUGUAUUUUAAUCAUCAGUGGCACUGUAGCACUAAUAGCCUUGAGUUAUAAAUGGUUUAGACUGGAAAAUUUAAGAUCUCUGCUCUUUGGGUAUAGAGGACUACACUUUGUAAUGAUGCAAUUUAGCAUAAUUAAAGUAGAUAAACUAAUCUGAAACAUUCCAAAGAUAAUCGUUUCAUGGAAAAAAAAUGCGUUUUGACUUCCAUACAACUGUUAGAAACUGUUGUCUGUAUUUUACAGUACCAAACGUCCUUAUGAGCUUUGGAGGUGACCCUGUAUAGAUAUUGCUAAGUGAGCUGCUGCGCUCUAGGAUUGCACUAAUGAAGCACCGAAUGUAUCAGAACUUGUAGUUUUGCCAAAUGUUGUUUCUUUAUAAUCAUUUUCUUCUUUAAUGUUGUCUCAAGCUGUGAUGUUUACAUAAAGGCUGGGUCUAUUAAGCCAGUUGGAUCCCUGCUAAACCUCCCGGCCCAGGGGUGUGAAAACUGCAAAUAUAUUUUAAAAGGGUUGCUGUGAAUUUUUGGGGUAAACUCAAAAAUUCCAGUGACUAUUUGCUCACCUGCCUUUAUGGUAUUGGGCACAAGUGCUCUUACAAAGAGCAAAUGCUUUAUGAACUAAUUGAGAGUAUAUUGAUACAGUGCAUGGGUGAAUCUCACAAAGCCUGUGACAAACCAAAAUCAAAAAGUAUUUGUUGUAAUGCCUUAAAUUUAUUUGUGUUUUAGGUUUAUAUGAAGUUUUAAACGUGUGGUCGGAAAUGUACUAAAUUGUCACCACAUCAAAUAUUUGAAUAUUAAAUCCAUAAAUUCAUAUAUGUAUAAAUAUUUUUUGAUUUUGGGAUGAAAUGUGACACCCUUCUUUGUAAGAAUUACCCAGACAAUAAUACCAAAACUCUAAAAACAAAAUAUGAAAACCCAUUAUUAUGUUUGUGUAGAAGGUCAGGGUGGCAUUUUUAUGUGGCACUAGAUAAUAAAUAUGUAUUUACUAUAUCUGUGUAAAAUGUUGGGUUAUUUUACAAAAUAACUGAUAGGUAAUCUAACAAUUGUAAAUGAAUUAUUAUUUGUCCUCGUUUUUCUCUAGUGUUUUAAAGAUAAACAAAUAAAAAGGAUUUUAUAUACAUACAUAGCGUAAAAUAAGUUAUGUUUAAUUUUUAAGAGAACCACGUACUGAAUAUAUCUUAGUUUGUUAGUUUUCUAAUGUCUGUUCAUUGGUUCAUAAAUUGAAACCCCCCUCAGUUUACACAAUCAUCCUGUUAAAAAGUUUAUAUACCCCUGACUCUUAAUGUGUUGUGUUACUUUACUGAGCAUCAAUAAAUGUUUGUAUCUUU